AUGCCUUUAGUAAGGGGUCAUACAGAAGGUUCAGAGGUAACUACAUCAGAUGAAACCCAGUUAAAGCCAGAUAAUGAAGACAUUUUUCUUCCUUCAGGAGACAGCAAUUCACCUGUAUUGGUCAUACCAAAAAGGCUACAGUGUGAGAACCCUGGUGAAAUAUUUAUCUUAAUAAGAGAUCAAGGCAUAGAGGCUCACAUGAUGGAAGUUGAAUUUAGCUCUAACAAAGAACAAAUCAGAAUACAACCAAGUGUUUGGAGUGAUCAGGUCUUGUACAUGAAGGCCUUGGAUUUUGCAGCUGGAAUUGUAAAUGUUAAAGUCUACUCAGAAGGCAUUAUGAAAUACACAACAGAUAUUGAAUAUUACACAGCAAUGGGGGAAAUUGUGCGCCUUCUUAACAAAGUAACUGAUCCAAUUGCUUUUAUGUGCCAGGCGCUCCAAAUCUCUUCCAAGGAAAAGCUUGAUGAACUGCUCACAUUUUCAUUGAAAAGCAAAAUGGAACCAGGUGGCUACGACUUUUCUGAGAAUGACAAGUCAGACUAUCGAAGAGAUAACCUACACUCAGGUGAUCUUCCUACCCUUCUGCAUUUUGCUGCAAAAUAUGGCCUGACACAACUUGUAUCAUUGCUGAUGAAGUGUCCCGGUGCAGUCCAAGCCUCACAAAUAACAAACAAGAGAGGAGAGAAUCCGAUCAAUCUCGCCAGUUCCUAUGGUUACAAUGAUGUAAAAAAACUUUUGGAAGAACUAUCAGUUAGUGAGGUUUCACCUGAUAAAGAAGAUCAAAGUGUGCCAUUUACUGGAAAAGCACAGGUGUCAUCACCACAGGCAGAGGCCUCCAAGUAUUCACAAGAUGAAGAAGAUGAUGUUUAUAUAAUAAUGACAGAAAAUCCACCUAAGUUCCUCCAGGAGGGUGAAAAGAACUUAAAACAAGAAGGAAAGAAAACAGAAAUACCUGACAUAGAAGAAAUUGAAAGAGAACAGGAUGAAAUGGUAGAAGAGGAGGAGGAGGAGGAUCCGUACAGCAUUGCUGAUUCCGAUGAUGUUUAUGACAUGAUAAUUUCCAGUGAUGUAAAAAGGAAAUCCUCAUUUAUUCCAAACAGGCCUCCAGCCCCAACACCUCGUCCACCACCAGCUACCCCUGUUGGAAUAAAAGAAGUCAACACUCCCUACAUUGCACAAGUGUUCCAGCAGAAGUCUACCCAUCCUCAAGCUGGUAUCGAUAAAUUAUAUACUGCUGUCAGCAAACCAGGUGCAAAACCAACAGAGUAUAGCACAGACUACGAUACAGUUACAUAUCAUGUCGGCUCAGGUCAAGAGGAGCUGAUUUGGUUACAAGAGAAAGUUAAGAUGGGGGAAAUGACAAUGGAUGAGGCUCUGAGCAAAUUUGAAGAAUGGCAAGCUGAGCAAAGGAAGCUGGAUUAUCUUCAGAAGGAUAAAUUGCACCAAUUGAGAUGUUCGAUUAUUGGAGACAGACCAGAGGAAGAUAAACUGUAUGAUAAGCUCAGCAUUGUACACCAUCCAAUUGAUAUCAGAGAAGGAGCAAAAGGGGGCCCUAUAAAAGAAGAAACGAUGCAAAGCAACGCGUAUCGAAGGCAUCUGCCGCCUCACCUUAACCCAGCUGAGCGAGUAUCAGGAAUUUAUGCAAGACCACACAAAUAAAAAAGGUGCUCAGACAGAGGAGUCCUGUGUUCACACUUUAUAUUAUACAGCAUUCAUUAGUUUGGUAUCUGUAACUUAUGUGAUCUGGCAACUUGUUUUUCAUAGUUACUUUUGUCAGAUAUGCUUAUCUUCUUUCUCUGCCAGAAAUAAUAUUAAUUAAUAACUGUGAUGUAGCUCUAGUGUUUGACAAAUUAAGUUCAUUUAUGAUUUGAGAUCCAAAAAGUUGUCCAACAAUAUUCAGUACACUGCUACUAACCACAUGUUUUGAAAAGGAAAAAGUCAAAGCUGCAUAUAAAUGAGUAUAUAAAGAGAAAAAGGAUCAACCAAUUGAUGAUAACAAUAUUUGGUUUAAACAGUUCAUUGGUGUUAUUCUGAAAUUGUAGACCUAUUUAUUAUUUUUUAGGUAAAUCACUUCUAGCAAACAGUGUCACAACUGAGCUACAGGAAUGGAUUUAGUAAAGGGCUGAUACUAAUAAAUGAAGUUUAACAGUUAAUUAUUGUUGCUAACCAAAGCCACUACAUCUUGAAGAUACACCUCAGGGAUAUUGUCUAGUAGGCCACUGUCUGCUCCAUCAGGGAUUUUUUUCUUUCUUUUUUUUUUUUUUGGUCUCCUUAGAUGAUCACAUGUUUACUGGCCUCAAUACCUAGUGUCAAUGUGGGGUCUACCAGCAACUCUCCAACCCCCCCCCCCCUCCCAGACUUGGUCAUCUGAGCCAUAGUCAGGGCUUUAUCUUUCUAUACCACCAGAGUGUCUUAAGGGAUUUUUUUUUAAUCAUUUAAUCAGCAUUUCAUUUACAGUGGAUUUAAAACAAGAGGGAGCAGGUACCAAGCAGUCAUGUUCACCUUGAAUAACUGCUCAUGAUAACACUGUGCUCAGCUCUACUUUGACUCCUGACUGUGCUUAAAAUUGCAACAUGUACAUAUUGUAAAUAACUGCCCUGUAUGCAUUAUGGGUAAAGUUUUGCAUCACUCUGCUUUCCUACAAGAUAACGUUCACCCAUUGAAUAUGAAGUAUUACUAAUCUUUCCAGUAAGUUGUACAAUUUCACUUGACAUAUGAAUUUGUUCUUUGCAUUCUUGGCUCUACACUAAUAUACAUUUUUGUUUAUUUAUUGUGUGUUAUUAACUUUUUAUUGUUUCAAGUAUGUUUCUGCACUAUGAAUAAAUGAUAGACUAGUAACUGCACCAUUACAGGUUCCUACUUCCACACCCACAUUCUAGAGCCUGAUAACCGACUUUCUGAUGCAGACUUGAUGAACGUAUUCUGAAGUUUAUAUUCACUGUCCCAGUGUUCACAUAUUCUACAUAGUACUGCUUUUCUCUGUAACCAAAUCCAGAUGUUAUUCUCAAUAUUUACUGUCUUUUUAGAUUGUUAUCAUGUAUGCAUUUGAAGGCAUUGCUAUUAUUUGUGAAAUUUGCUUAGGAAAUGUUUAUAGAAAUAACUGUUUGAUUAAUGGACACUAUAUAGCUUGCAGAAUCAAAUAAAGAAGGACAAGAAAACAGGAUUUUGAUGCCUAUGUAUACAUACGCUCUAGAAGCAUUUCAGUUAUUGAUCCACAGUGUCAUGAGCUUGCAAACAAGC